GCGAGCCUCCCCAGGCCCGGGCGACGUGUCGCCGCGCUCGGGGCCGAGUCCCGCUUCCGGCUGUGGCGAUCCGCCGGGCUGGCCGAGGGAACCCGGCUCGCUGCGAGGGGAGGCCGCGUCCGCGUCCGCCGGGAUGGAGCUGGGCGGGGAGGCGCCGGAUCUCGGCAGGCCCCCGCUGGAGGAGGAGGCGAUCCAGGCCCUGCGGCAGUCGGUGGGCUCGCUGCUGGCCAGCUACGGCUGGUACCUGCUCCUCGCCUGCGUCGCCGGCUACCUGCUCCUUCAGAAGUUGGCUGAGAAGACGCGAGCCCCGAGGAGGGACCGAGCCCACGCCGCCGGGGCGCCGCCGGAACCUGAUGUGGUGGUGAGACGGGAGGAAGCUCUGGCAGCAGCUCGCUUCAGGAUGCAAGAGCAGUUGAAUGAACAAGCUGAAAAAUUCAAAGAAAAGCAAAGACAGCUUGAAGAAGAGAAGAGAAGGCAAAAGGUAGCCGUGUGGGAAAGCAUGCAAGAAGGAAAAAGCUAUAGAGGAAAUCUGAAACGGAACCAGCAAGAAACAGAAUCUGCUGCUUCUGCCUCGUCAACAGUCCCGAAGCCUAAACCUAACAAAAAGCCUUUGCGAGGAGGUUAUAAUCCUUUGUCUGGAGAAGGCGGUGGAACCUGUGCUUGGAGACCAGGUCGCAGAGGCGGCCCAUCUUCAGCUGGAUGAGGCUAACCUUACUGGUGUCUAACGACACUAGCAGGUCUAAUCUGACCCACUAUUCAACUGCCUGCAGCUUGCAUGUCACAGUGACUCUUUGGGGGCUUGGUUUAGUACAGGUGUAGACUUAGAAACAAAUGUCCAUGACGCACAGAUUUUAAUGUGACAGAAGCCCUGACACACUAUCACACACAGGAAAAUGGUUUAUCCUUUUUUAACAGACUGAAGAUUAUACGGGGAGCAGACUGUCAAUCAACAGUUGUCUUUCGCUUUAUCCAGAGAAACAUGGUCUGUGGCUAAAGCACGUGACUCAGUCAUGAAGUCUGGCUUCUAUGCCUGGCUGUUCAGCAGACUGCCUUUGUGACCCGAGGCAAGUUCCUUAAUGGUCUGUGCCUCAGUUUACCCCUCUGUAAAAUAGGGAUGUAGACCUUCCUCACGGGGGGUGCUGUGGGACUUAAUUCAUUAAUGUCAUAAAGUGCUUUGAGACCUUUGGCCAGAAGGUGCUGUAAGAGACCAAAGUACUAUCACUAGUAUGGGUAAAUCUUAAUUUUACAAAACUCUCAGUGGGCACCUACAUCUCCAGAAGAACUGGAGUUUCAAAACCCCUGGGUGAGAUACAAUAACCUACUAUUGUAGUGGGGAGCACAAAGGCAUGUGGGUGACAGAGACUUGUAAGGAUAGGAUUUGCCUCUAAUAUUUCCAUUCCUGGGGGCACCUCAAAAAGUCUGACUUCAUGUUUCUGCUGGUUACUAAGUGCUGAAUCUUUCAGUGGGCAACUUGGAGCAUGGCUCUAAGGGCUCAGGUGUCAUGGGUUUAGUACCAAUUCCAAUGAUCAUAGAUGAGUCUCUGUGACAAGCUGCAUUGAAUGAUGUUGUCCUUAUAAAUGGUAAACAAACCAGUGAGGAUCACUGAUACUAAACAGUAGAUGGGGGGUUCUUGCAAUAUCUAUUUUUAUUUCAACUAUUUUUAUUAAAACAAAACACUGUAAAUAUUGAAUAUCAUUGGAAAUAAAUUGUAAACUUAG